CAACAUUUUCUGCGGUUGUAUCAGCCGAUCUGGAUUUCACAUUAAGUCAAAAUAUGGGAAACUCCAGUCCCUGUUUCACUAGCUCGCCAGUCUGCAUCUGCUGAGUAUUUCAAGGCUUUUCUGCUUUUAAUUUCAGAUUCGCGACAUCUGCAGCACCGAUGUAAAGUACGUGGCUUUAUUUUGUCUCGUUGCGGGUUUAUUAUUACGGGUUAUUUAUUGUGCUGGUUUGAAAGGAGGAGCCGGGGCUGCACGGUUGCUGACAGCGGGGACAAACCGAGGGCGAGCUGAUGGAAUAGGCAGCUGCCAUUCUCAUUUCCAACAAUUUCGGCCUGAAUUCCCAUUUCCAAUCAUUUUACCUGAGAGGGGAAUAUCACUCAUCUGAUCGUUUUCUUCUGAUCUUUUGGCGGGACGGUGUCCAAGUGAAUCAUUUGUUUUCCCUCUGUCAUGAGUAAAUGUGGUGAUGUUGAAGCUGCAGCCGUGGCCGGGGCGGUCAGCUCCCUGUGUUUUAUCCAACAGCUGCUCGCCUGGCUCAGGUUAUAUAAUGUCCUGAGAGGCGGGAGCAAGGAGGCCGCACUGACUGGCUGAGGGAGGCGGAGACCGACCAACCGGACUGACAAGCACCAAGCCCUGGCUGCAGCAGCCACCACCACUCGGGCCCUCGACUCCCGGUUCUAGCCCCUGUCUGGUGGCUGGGCCCGGCCCGGCCCUGGCCGCAUGGAGGCUCCGGCCGCUCGGACCGAGAUGCUGGAACUGGCGGACGAGGCUUUCCGGGCGAUGAACUACGAGCUGGCGGCUGAUAUUUACGAGUGCCAGCUGCUGGAACUAGGCCCCCAGCGGGCCCUCUACCUGAGCAAGGCCGGCGCCCUGACCCGCUGCGGCCGCUUCGCCGAGGCCUUCGAGGCCUACCGCAGCGCCGCGGAGCUGGAGCGGCUCCGAGCCGAGGAGCUGAGCGACCUGCUGGACUGCAUCGCCGCCAACGUCCGCCUGAAAGAGGCGCUGCCGCAGGCUGCCGGCCGGCUGCGGCACGGAGGCCCCGGGCAGGAGAAGGAGGAGGAAGCCGCGGCCUCGGAGCCUCUGAGCUGCCGGAUCUGCCUGGAGCUGCUCUUCGAGCCCGUGUCGCUGCCGUGCGGCCACACUUUCUGCCGGAGAUGCGUGGAGGAGGAGACGGUGACCGAGUGUAAAGUGUGUCCGCGGUCGCCGGCCGGGGCCGCUUCCUCCUCCUCCCCCUCCCCGGCCAAGCCCAGAGCACACCUCGGCCUCACUGUGAUUCUGUGUAACUUGUUGGAAAAGUGGUUCCCGUUGGAGUGCCGCGCCCGGCGGCUGCAGCUGGAGGCCGCCACUCUGGCCGAGCACGGGGAUUACACAGCGGCCCUGGGCCUGUGUGAACAGGCGCUGUCUCUGGUACCCCAUGAUUACUUGAUGAGAUGUUAUCGUGCUGAGCUAUACAUAACUACAGGAAAAUACAAGGAAGCACUUUGUGAUGGAGAUGCAGCAUGUACGCUUAAACCACUAAAGACAAAGGGUCACUUUUGGAAAGCUCAAGCUCUGAUUAAAAUGGGCAGAACUGAAGAAGCUUUAAAAGAGUAUAUAUACUGCAUUGCUUUGAGACCAGACUGGAAUUCUGUAAGACUCAAAGCACAAAAGAUCUUGUGUGAUAUGUUUUCACCUGUUUUGGGGAAUAUGUCGGAUACUGUACCAACCAACAAACGACCGCAGUCAUCCUGCCUAAACCCUAAGCCUACUUUUCUCAGAGCCUUUAGUCCUGUAUCAAUUGUCAGAGACGAUACAGUUACUGCUCCUUCUCCGGUUUUUUCCAAAAUGAACAGUAUUCCAGCACAAGAACUAAAUACUUCAAGUCAAAUACUGACAAAGUCCAAGGCUACACCAAGAGAAACCUCUGUGCUAAUUGAAGCAGUUCCGUCUAGUUUUACUAAUGGCAACCAAAAGAGAAAGCUAUCACAUGAGACAGAGAUCUGUGAGAGCUUUGAAACAACCAGCAAGAUGGCUAAAAAAGAUGAAUUUGUACCCUUGACAUUUGACCAUUUUAAAACGUCAAGAGAGAUUCCCAGUGAACUUAUGGAUCCAUUCGAUUUUGAAUGCUCUCUUUGUCUGAGAUUGUUCUAUGAACCUGUCACCACUUCCUGCGGGCACACCUUUUGUUUGAAGUGUUUGGAGCGCUGUCUGGAUCAUAAUGCCAGCUGUCCUCUCUGUAAGGAAAAUUUAGCCGAGUAUUUGGUAACAAGAUCUUUCAAUAAGACAUUCUUGGUAGAGGAACUCAUUAUUCAAUACCUACCUGAAGAGUUAAACGACAGGAGGCGACUUCACGAGGAAGAAAUGAAGGAGCUAUCUAACCUAACUGAAGAUGUUCCAAUUUUUGUCUGCACCAUGGGCUUCCCAACUAUUCCGUGCCCUCUUCAUGUUUUUGAACCACGUUAUCGACUGAUGAUUCGCAGGUGUAUGGAAACUGGCACCAAGCAAUUUGGAAUGUGUAUUGGAAAUGAGACUAAAGGGUUUGCUGAUUAUGGCUGCAUGCUCGAAAUAAGGGAUGUAAAGUUUUUUCCUGAUGGUCGUUCUGUAGUUGAUACAAUUGGCAAGAGUCGAUUUAAAGUUUUAAGCCAUGGCCAGAGAGAUGGUUAUAAUACUGCCAACAUUGAAUAUCUUGAAGAUAAAAAGGUGGAAGGAGCAGAGUAUCAUGAACUAAUCUGUUUGUCUGACUCAGUGUAUGACCAAGCUUUCACUUGGUUCAGUUCCCUCCAGGACAAUAUGAGAACUCAAAUCCUGAAUCAUUUUGGACCAAUGCCUGGAAAGGAGUCAAUACCUCAGUCGAGUCAAAAUGGUCCUGCCUGGUGCUGGUGGCUGUUAGCUGUAUUACCUUUAGAAAGUCGUGCUCAGCUAGCUGUUCUUUCAAUGACCUCACUCAAAGAUCGCCUUAUUGCCAUUCGCCGUGUAUUGGUAUUUGUCACCCGACAACGGCUUCGAUCACUGUGACUUUUGACUUGAUGGGAUUUAAAGCUGCAUUCCAAAUGUGUUUUUUUAAAAAAAUUAUAAUGGUAUCAGUAUUAUAUUUUUGAUUUAAUCCAUAUGUGAAAACCAUAAAGCCCAACUCAGCCAGGUAUAAUAAUUGUUUGAAUUGUGUAAUUAAACUGGGUAGUGAGCCAUUCCUUUUGACGCAUUAAAUCUACACUGAAACUAUGUUGCUGGAAAAGCGCAGCAGGUCAGGCAGCAUCCAAAGAGCAGGAGAAUGAGCCUUCAGGGCUCAUGCCCGAAACGUCGAUUCUCCUCUUUGGAUUAGAUCUGCAGUCAAGAUGUAUCUGCAAGGGUCUAAGAGACCCUUGGAAGUGUUCUUCCAUCAGAGUUGCAGUUGAAGACAAGAGAUAAUGUUUGGAAAGUAGUUUCUUCAAGUUUAGAGUCCUCUGAAAUCCGUCCCUCCUAGUAAAUACAAGUUUGCAUAACACAACUGUCCAAUAGUGAAAAUUGGAGUAGCAGACCUGCAAUAUUUUAAAAAUAAAUCAGUGAAAUUCUGAGUAAAGGCUGUGUUGUGGAAACGAAUGAAUGGGACAAUUUUGUAGUGCUUGUAAAAAGUUUGGAGAUUUGCAAUUUGAGUCCCGUCCAAUGUCUUAAUCAGAAUGUAUAGUGUGCUGCACGCUGAUUUGAAUUCCUAUCAUUUUGUUCAAAUAUAAUGCUGUUGAUUGACUUCACUAAUGUUAUCUAACUUCCUGUUCCACUCUCAGGAUUUGCUAAAGCUUGCUUUUUGGAAUGGCAAGAAAUUUCAGUAUUAAUGUUUGAGAUUUAUUUUAUUGCAUCACUGCAAGCUGUGGGGAAAUGUGCUGCCUCUGAUUUGGGAGAGUUUGAUGUAAAAUUACUGGUGCCACAAGUUGAAAACUUAUUGUUCAGUGUGGUUUGAAUUUUGCAGUCAUUGGUGGAUUAAGGGCAUUCAUGACUGUUGAAAAAAGAUCUCUUUCGAGGCUAGCAAUCUCCAUCAAGCACUUUUUAAGUACCCUUUUCUUUGUAUAGUUGAUAUUAUUAGUGAUUUUCAGAAUGCAUUAGCAAGUUAUGCUAUUCAAGCAGCCAGAGAUGUUAAAGCAUUCACAGGCAACCAAGAAAUACAAAGUCCUAAAACCUAAUUUAGUGUUUUUCUUUUAAAUGUAUUUGUUAAUGAUUUAGGACAUUCUCCAGGUUGAAGUUGAACUAUCAUGAGCAAACUUCAAAGUUUUUUUAAAAAAAAAUUUAGAAAUUAAUCAUUUGGGCAUGUACUAUUUCACACAUUUUAGGUUGAAUCAGUUGUUCAGCAAUUGCUAUGCACGUUGGUUGUCACAUUAAUUAUUACACCACCAUUUAAAAUCCAGUUGCAUCUUAUUCAAAAUGGUUUAAUAGGGUUUCUAAUACAAUGAGAUCAGAAAAGGGAAUGCUUUUGAAAAAUCUCAUCAGAACAAUUGAUUUUGCAGAUUGAUGAGGAAAGGAAUGGGGGUGGGAUAGGUACCAGCAUGAACCACCUGUUUUUCUUCCCAACAGUUCCAUCAAAUAAAUCCGACAUUGAUUGAAGUCACCUUUGCAAGCUCAAUGCUAUUGGUCAGUGCCUUUUCUCACCAGACCAGCAGAAGGUCUUGAUUCUUCCUCAUUGCCACCAUUUUUUUUAUUGCAGUAAAAUUGAUGUCAAGGAUUUUAGUUUUAUUUUCAUCUGGGCUUGCUAUUGUUCAAUACCUGCUGAGAUGGUUUUGGAUGCAUGAAUAUCAAUUGGUUCUACUCUUGCAUUCUGUCCCAACAAAGUUGUCUAACAAAUCUGUUAAUUGCUUUUCCACUAUCAAGUUUAUCUUUAUUUGGUUGAAUAUAUGAAUAUACCAUUUUAGGGAAUUUGAUCACCCCACCUUCACUUUAUUGUGUAACAUCAAGACAACCUGUCUCAGAUAUUUUUCUUGCAUUUGUAAUUGUUGUAUUGAUAAAUCUCUGGAAUAAGUUUUUUUUUAAAAACCUUUUCAUAUAUCUAUGUUCCUUUUGAGUUUGUAAACAGAAAAAAAUUGAAAUUUUGACCUACUUAUGGAUAUAGAAACAAGUGCAAAUAGCUAUUUCAUUUGAAAUUAACAUUUAAUUUCAAAGGACAAGGGUCUGUUUUUUUUUGUAGCAUGUUAUACCUGAGAAGCUAUUUGAUUUAAAAGUGCAAUGUAGUUUCCACAUUCUGUGCCAUUAUUGUAUGCAAAUAUUUGGUUUUGAAUCUCUGUAUCUUUUCACCGUUUUAUAUUUUAAAAUGAUUCUCUAGCUCUUGCCCACUUUUGUUAGCUCUUAUGAGUUAGUGAUUCUUUACACUGCUUAACUGUAGCAAGAAAGAAAUUGCUUCACCUGUUAAUCUCUUUUUCCAUUUCCUUCUAACCCUCCUGAGUUGUAUUUCUUUGGCACCUACUGGUAAUUUCUGAUGGGGGGGGUGGGGUUCCCCACUUAAUUCCCAUUAAUUUGAAAAUACUUAAUUUAGUAUUUUUAUAUGGUGUAAAACACUGGCGAUCAUCUUGAGACGUUUUAUUCUAAUUUCCAGCAGCCUUUGUCAAACUUAACAUUGUUUUUUUUUAAAUCUAGUGUUACUGUGAAUUGUUAAACAUUGAUCUUUUUAUUUCAUAUGAUUCUUCACUAGUUUGUAGUAGUAUUGCUGAAUUUAUACAAUUUCAUUAGGCAUUUUCAUAAUAGCGUUGCUUUAGAGCAGCAAGCUUCAUGCAUUGUUCCUAAAACUUUAAACCAAAAUGAGCAAAAGAUAUAUAUUUGUUACAAGAAAAUGGCUCUCAGUAUAUUUGUCCAGAUAAUGUCACUUGAGAUUUUAAGUUGUAUUCCUCUUUUGGUGUUCGUGCUGGUAUAUGUUCUGAAUUAAAUGGACAGAUGCAGAAUUUGUUUUGCACUGGUGAACAAUUUAAAUAACUUUCAAAUGUGGCUGUAUUAUCAUUACAACUGCCUGCAGAGCACUUUUAUAAACGGCAGUAAUAUAUGCAAAAUAUCUGGUUUAGCACACUGAAAUAUGGCAUCCAAAAGAAUUUACAAUGGUCAGACGGAAUCUGGCAUUCAGUAUUUUAGCAAUGAAAAUAUGUCAAUGCUAGGCCCAGACCAGUUUACAUUAAGAUAAUAGUUGCACAUAUACUUCAACAUUGAACUUGAACUGGAAACGGAUUUGUUUUUUAUCAUCAACAAUCUGCCUGACAUUUCUCAUUAGUUUAUUUGUAUGUAACUAGGGGCCUUUUUAAUCUAAGAUCCUUUUAUUUACUUUUUAGAAUCUUUACACUGUGAGACAUGCUGUUAUAAAAUGUUUUGAUUCAAUGUCUU